AUGGCUCGCAAGAAGAUCAGGGAGUACGACAGCAAGAGGCUGCUCAAGGCCCAUAUCGCGCGGCUGGCGGGGCUGCAGCUGCCCAUUGCGGUGGCCCAAGUCAAGGAGGCCACCAACUUUGCGGAGCUGGUGGCGGCCAACCCUUGGAUGAACCAGACGCAGCUGGUGGUCAAGCCAGACUGCCUGUUUGGCAAGCGCGGCAAGCACGACCUGGUGGGGCUGAAGCUGGAUGCCACGGGGGCGCAGCAGUUCAUCCAGGCGCGCAUGAACAAGGUGGUGGACAUGGACGGCACCGUGGGCCGCAUCAACACCUUCAUCGUGGAGCCGUUUGUGGCGCACGCCGAGGAGUACUACCUGUGCAUCCAGAGCGGCCGCCUCGCCGACACGCUAUCCUUCUCCGAGUUUGGGGGCAUGGAGAUCGAGGAGAACUGGGACAAGGUGCGCACAGUGAGCAUCCCUACCGGCGCGGAGCCCAGCAGCGCGCCCCUGGCGCCGCUGCUGUCCACGCUGCCGCUGGAGCUGCGCCCGACAUGGAGGCUUUCAUCGCGGCCACGUACAAGGCAGGCGGGGGGUGGGGGGUUGCGCUGGGCAGGAGAAGAGCGAUGCAAUAGCCGGCUUGGAACUGGUUUCGGCUGCGCCGUGCUGGUGGCGGUGUACCUUGACCUCGACUUCACGCUGCUGGAGAUGAACCCCUUCACGCUGGACCAGGCGGGCAAGCCCUUCCCGCUGGACAUGCGCGGCGAGCUGGACGACACCGCCGCAUUCCGCAGCGCCAAGAAGUGGGGCGACGUGGAGUUCCCGCUGCCCUUUGGGCGCACCAUGACGCCGCAGGAGGCUCGCAUCCACUCCCUGGACGAAGCCACCGGCGCCUCGCUCAAGCUCUCCAUCCUCAACCCGCGGGGCCGCAUCUGGACCAUGGUGGCGGGCGGCGGCGCCAGCGUGAUCUAUGCCGACACUGUGGCCGACCUGGGAUAUGCUGAGGAGCUGGGCAACUAUGCCGAGUACAGCGGCGGGCCCAACACCGCAGAAACGUACCAGUAUGCGCGCACGCUGCUGGAUGCGGCCACAGCCUACGCGGACGGGCGGGGGCGGGCGCUGAUUGUGGGCGGCGGCAUCGCCAACUUCACAGACGUGGCCGCCACCUUCAAGGGCAUCAUCCAGGCUUUCCGCGAGAAGCAGGAGGCCAUCAAGGCCGCCAGGAUGAAGAUCUUUGUCCGCCGGGGCGGGCCCAACUACCAGGCGGGGCUGGAGAUGAUGCGGCGGCUGGGGGACGAGAUUGGGGUGCAGAUCGAGGUGUUUGGUCCCGAGGCCUCCAUGACAGGCAUCUGCCAGCUGGCCAUCGACUAUGUGGCGCAGUUUGACAAGAAUGGGCGCUGAUGGGCGCCGAGGCGUGGCGGGGCGGGGCCGCUCGCCGAGCCCGCCGUGCAGUAGCGGGGUGAGCUGUACCAGUAGGUGUAUCUAUUUCUGAGCGGUAGCGGCAGGCCAUUUUUUCCUUCCCUGGCAUGCAUGUAGCGCAGCGAGCCAUCCUCUUGUUUCAUUUGUUGCUAGCGUGUAAAGAGAGCCCACAC